CUUUUCCAUAAGUCCUAAAUGGCCCAAAUCAGAACACAACCAUAUUGCGGGCCAUGAAGGCAUCGGACGAGUCAUCAGCUGUCGCGAUCCAUCUUUGCUGGGCCGUCUGUACGGCAUUCGUUAUCUCAUGUCCCUUCCAGCUGAACGUCCCCAUCCAUAUCACGGGAACUUUUCAGCACUUCGCCACGGUUCCUAUCUCCUGUCUCGUUCCCUUGCCGGACAACCUCCUAGACGGCGGCGGCAGUAGCAUUGACCCCGCCUUGUACACAAGCGCCCUGUGCUCGGGAUCAACGGCGUUGGUGUCGCUGCGGGCAUCCAAGGUUCUCCCCGGGUAUGUGGUCAUCGUGGUUGGUAUUUUGGGGGCGAUAGGCCAUUUGACGGGAAUGCUGGCGAAGCAAAUUCAGCGAGCACGAGUGAUCGGGGUGGACCUGGCCGCCAAAACAAGUGCGGUGACUCAAGAACAUCAAGAUUACUGCGACAUUCUGCUCGGAGCGCCGGAGUCCCAUGAGGAUGAGGCCUGGCAAGGCUUCCAUGAGAGAUUGCUUCAGGCGUGUGCGCAACUCCGCCGUGGUCAUGGUGAGGAUGUUGGCAUCCCUCGUGCUGCUGAAGCGGCAAUUGUCACGAGUAGCUCGGUUUCUUCUUUUCAACGCUUGGAUGAGUAUGUUUGUGAUGGUGGCACGAUAGUCUGCGUUGGGUAAGACACCUCCCCAUCCAACCCAAAAAUCUUGAAUCAUAGCUUGCUCAAAGGCUCACAAAUCAUCUCGUCUCAUCCCAGGGUACCCAAAGGGCGCAGCAACAUGGUGUCGCUUCCGAUUCACUCAGUCGUGGAGCGAAACUUGCGCCUGGCUGGGAACCUCAUGGGUGGCCAUCGUGAGGC